AUGGAAGAUCAUUUCAUAGAACCUGAGAAACUACUCUCAAUCCUUCAAUCAUGUGAUAAUUUUCUUAUUGUUGAUAUUCGUCCAGUUAAAGAUUUUUUAAAAACUAAAAUCAAUCCCAGUAAAGGGUAUAUUAUUAACAUUCCUGAAUCUUUCAUAAUACCAGGAUCUUCUGCAAAUGCUUUGGGAUAUCGUCUUGUGUCUUCGGCAAAAAAACUUUGGGACAAAAGGGACCAAUUUCAUAUCUUAAUUCUAUUAGAUAAAGACACUAUACAACGCAACUAUUUAGGCACAGGAUUAUCAAGAUUGAGGAAUAUUAUUGUAAAAUGUGAUAUAUGGCGUAGAAAUACACAUGAACCAGUUAUAUUGAAUGGAGGCUUGAAAGAAUUUGUUCAAUGUUAUCCCACCAGAGUUAUCAAUGCUUAUAAGCUUUUGAAGCAGGUUAAUCCCGAGAUGUACAAGCUGCAGGAAUUAGAAAAAUUGGAAUACGUGAAUCGAUAUUUAGGCUCAUUCUCAGAGAUAAAAGUAGAGGCUAGAAUGCUGGAGGACAUUUCCCCCUACAACAGGGACAGCAAAAAAAUUGUUUUACCAGAAGCGUUAGCUCCUGUGUGUAAUGAAAUUGAUAACAUUAAAAUUGAUACGGCUGUGGAAGAACAUCAGAAAACAACAAAACCAUCAUUUCAUGGAGAGAGUAAGCAUGGAAAUACAAGAGGAAACCGAUUGAUAAGAACAAAAAGAAUCAGAGCUUCUUCUUUGAAACCAUCAUCUGUGGAUUGUACUGUCAGACCAGUAGCUAUAAUUGAAGACGGUUUCACUGGAUUAGAAAACUCGGGAAAUAUAUGCUACAUGAAUAGUUUGUUACAGUGCCUAAAAGUAAUUCCUAUCAUUAAGGAAACUUAUGUUACAUCUGACAAAUAUCUGUCUUAUACAACUAGAAAGCCUCCAAAUAUUAAUAAUCAUCUAGCAGAAGUCCUACGACAGCUUUGGAGUGGAACAAGUAGUAAGCCUAGAAUAUAUUUUAUAUCAGAGUUCAAAAAUCGGAUAGUUGAGUUCGCUCCCAAUUAUAACAAUAACACUCACGAAGAUUGCUUCGAAUUUUUCUUGUUUCUGUUCAACUUAGUCAGUGAAGAUUGCUCAACAGAUUUACCUAUUAAAGUAGAGACUGAGAGUGAAAAAGCCUGGUUUAGUCACUUACAAGGCCGUUCUUCCUUUUGGAUUGAAACGUUUUAUUUCCAAUUUAAGAAUGUAAAAGUUUGCCGCAACUGUCAUGAAACACAUGUAUCAUUCGAGACUGAGGGGGCUUUGUUUUUACCCGUACCAAACAAAAAUUGUACUUUAGAUGGCCUGAUUAAUGACUACAUGAAAGAGAGCAGUUUAGUUGAUUAUCCAUGUAAUAACUGUAAAUCAGUUAACACUAUAAUAAAUCGAAAAGAAGUCUCCAUUGAACCCAAAGUUUUUGCUGUGGUACUGAAACGGUAA